AUGCGCAGCCCUUACCACACCCCUGCGCCGCCCAAGACCAAGUCUCUCUCACCGAAACCCCCCUCCCGCUCACCCUCCGUCGCAAGUUCUCGGGGAGAGAGGCAGAACACCCCGCCCCUGCGCAGAUCGACAUCCAGUCUGAGCAACGCAAAAGGCAGUACUCCUCAGUACCGGCGAGCCUCUUCCAACCUGAAUCCUCUAUCUCCUGUCAUAAAUGGCAAGAUGUCAGGUACCGACCGGCCACCAGUGACGGCAAAUUCCGUCGCUCAAGACUAUUUUGGAAAGGAGAUGGAGGCGCAUAUAUCUCUGCAAGCGCCAGUGCUUGUCCUUGUUCAUGAUUCAUGUUAUGGCCACCGCUUUUCGCGCCCGCGUUCGACCAAGAGUGCUCUGGCUACUAUUGUCGAGCGACCUGAGAGAAUUCAUGCCACUGUAUUGGGAGCAUCGGCGGCAUAUGUGCGGCUAGGCGGGCGCCAUGCCGAAGGUGAAUUUGCUCCUCGGCCCAAGCAUGAUCCCUCGAACGUACGAAACAUCCCUUUCCAAAUUCGCAAGACGGCUCGCAUCAUCCCUCUCACGCAUCCGUCUGUGGCGUUCGUGCAUGGCUCAAAGUGGAUGGAGGAACUGCAGAUCAUGUGCGACACCGCAGAAGGCAAGUUGGCCCUCAACGGAAAAGAGCUGGUGAGACCGAUUGGAUAUGGCAAGGACGAGAGUGGGCACCCACUCCCCAAAUUGCACGAGGGAGAUCUCUAUUUGUGCGCAGAAUCUUUGGCGGCCUUCCAAGGAUGUCUGGGUGGUGUUUGCGAUGCCGUGGACACAGUCUUCUCGUCGCCGUUGACGAAGCGAGCUUUUGUCUGCAUUCGACCUCCGGGCCAUCACUGCUCGUCCAAUUACCCAUCUGGCUUUUGCUGGUUGAAUAACGUCCACGUUGGGAUUGCCUAUGCGGCUAUGAACCAUGGACUUACGCAUGCUGCGAUCAUUGACUUUGAUCUGCACCACGGAGAUGGCUCACAGAAUAUUGCUUGGGAUCAGAAUCGCAAGGCUCAUAGUGCCGCCAAGAAUGCACCGGCGCACAAGAAAACUCCCAUCGGCUACUACAGUCUUCACGACAUAAAUUCGUAUCCCUGCGAAUGGGGUGACGAGGAGAAGAUUCAGAAAGCAAGUCUCUGCAUCGAGAACGCCCACGGCCAGUCGGUCUGGAAUGUACACCUUCAGCCUUGGAAGACGCAUCAAGAGUUCUGGAAGCUCUACGAAACAAAGUACAUGGUCCUCCUCGAGAAGACGAGAAUAUUUCUACGCCACCAUACGGCCAGAUUACGCGCUUCUGGAAACCAGCAACCGAAAGCUGCCAUCUUCAUCUCCGCAGGAUUUGACGCAAGUGAGCACGAGGGCGCAGGCAUGCAGCGACACAGUGUCAAUGUGCCCACCGAGUUUUAUGCACGCUUUACAUCCGACAUUGCCAAGCUCGCCGAAGAAGACGAUCUUGGUGUCGAAGGCCGCGUUAUCAGCGUGCUUGAAGGCGGAUACAGUGAUCGCGCCUUGACCUCAGGCGUGCUCAGCCACAUUUGUGGCCUAGCUAGUGACACUGUCACACACAAUCCGUCGAGCUCCUGUACGGUCGGCGAGAACACAUAUCAGACGAUCAACAACUGGGUUGAUCAAGUCAACCACACCUCCUCGGAGUUCACCUAUUCCGCAGACUGGUGGACGUUGCAAAACUUAGAAGAGCUUGAAGCUGCAGUCGCGGGCCGGCAACCGUCGACCGCCAAAUCUCACAAGGACAAGACUGGUGAUUAUGCGUCGCCAACUCAGGCUUCUACACUCAAGAUGACUCAUCAUGCUCGUGAGCGGCAAUCUCUUUCUGCGCUUCAGGCCAGAAUGUCUCUUGAAGCAAAGUACGAGCCUCCACCGCCAGAAGUCGACUGGGCCGUCGCAGCAUAUGAGUUGUCCCGAAUCAUAAUCCCAAACAACCGACAGACGCUAAGUUGUACGCAUGAAGAGCUCAAUGCAGAAGCCACUAAAGCUCGGCGAGAACGGCAAUCAGCCGUGGGCGUCCCAGCGCCGUCGGACGAGCCAAUGCAAUUACGCGUUCGGAAAGCUAAGGCCCAGCCGCCUGGGCUUCCUGCUGUGCGCUCAGUCUCUCGGAAUGCUAGUCGUCGGACGACUAUAGCAGCAGUUAGUGACCUGCCUGAUCCGACAACGAAGCAGCCAGAGGUACCUUACGGUAGAAUGCGGCGUCGAUCCAGUGAUGCUUCAAGUAUCUUGUCGAGCUUCCAAGGCAUGAAGUUGUCGGAUGACAAGGCGGGAGAUAAUGGGAGUGUGCCAAAGCCGCCGAACGCUCAAGUACCGUCCAGAGCACCCUCUGUUGUCCCCGGGCAAGCGGGAAAACAGGCUCCAGCAAGAAAGCCCAGAGUUCCAGCUGCCACCAAGGUGCCUGCAAAGCCAAAAGCUAGUCCACGCAAAGCGAAAGCCACUGCGCCACCUGUGCCUACAAUACCUUCCACAACUCCUGCUGAAGCGAAGGUUGGGAAUGGCAUCAAACGAGAGUCGUCUCUUUCGUCUCAGGACGUGACGAAAUCAGCGGCGACAUCAGACAGCGUGGAGAAUUUGACGAACGGGAUGAAGAAAAUCAGCAUCAAGCUGAAGAUGCCAAGCGCAGAAGAGCAUGACGCCAAAUUGCAACAGACAGUGCUUGAUGACAAGCAGAAGAAGGCCCGAGCACCUAGGAAGCCUGCAGUUUCCAAAACCACGAAGGUAUCUGAGAAGCCACCAGCAGCGACUCCCGCCUCGCUUUCCGAUAACUUGGUUCCAAUCCAACCGAACCCCGUGCAGCAAGAAGUUCAGCAGUUACCUGAGGCUCUGGCACCCCAGACAGCACCUUCUGUCAUCAGUGAGAAGCUGGCUUCAUCUGCUGGUCCAACAUCCACAGAUGGGACUGCAGAAAUGGUGUCCGAGAAUCCAGAACUGGAUAUCCCGCCAUCAUCUAAUGCCCCUCAAGGCGCAGCAUCAGUAGCAGAUUCGCGGGUCCCGAUCACCCCUGAACUGCCCGUAGAUUCAGUUAUGGCAGACCCCGAACCUCCUUCCUUGAAUUCUUUUGCUGGCGUCCCUCAGGCUCCCGUCCCGGAGCCGUUCGCUGGUCUCGAGAAUCCGACUGCCAAUACGGUGACUCGAUCUCCUUUGCAUGAGGAAACGGACGCGGAAUCUGGCCUGUCCGCAGCACCAACAUCCGCAGCGUCCGCUUUGUCUGCAGCACCAAACCCUUUAGGAGCAACAUCCCCGGUGCAGAGAACCAAGCAAGAUCUACCACUAUUCACUUCAAAGUCGCCCAUUCCGUUUGCUGUACCCACGAACAAUACGAACAACGAAACCGACGUGGAAUAUCCGAAGCAUGAACACGCUGACAACACCAAGCGGUAUGCCGGAAUCUAG